UUAGAUGAAUAUGGUUGGUGGUUUUCAGCUGAAGAUAACACAUAUGACCCUCUUAGUCCAUCUGAUGUCUCUAAAGGUUAUGAUGAAUCAAUUGAACUUGUCAAGGCCACCUUUACAAACCAGGGGCCAUUUGAUGGUGUUCUUGGGUUUAGCCAAGGGGCAUGUUUCCUUUCGAUUCUCUGUGCAUUAAGAGAACAAGGUUAUUUAAGUUUUAAAUUUGCCAUUCUUGUGGCUGCAUUCAAGUCAAGAUCUUCAGGACACAGCAUAUACUACACAGAACCCAUCACAUUCCCCACCCUGCAUGUGUUUGGUGAUACAGACAGAGUCAUACCUAAGGAAAACAGUGAAGAUCUUCUGAAGCAUUUUUCUAACCAUACCACUCUUAACCACCCUGGAGGCCAUUUCGUCCCAACGCAAGCUCCUCAAAAGAAGGUCUACAUAGAGUUUCUAGAGCAGUUCGUGAAGAAGACUUAACAAAUGUUACAUUCUUACCGUAAAAUAUGGCCACACCGGGUACCGUCAUGUGCUUUCCUCGAACAAUUUUUGUGUUCUGCAGCAUAGAUAAGAAAGGGAAAAUUUUGGAAUAUUUAGUCUGCAUAGCUAAUGUCUGUCAUGAUCAGACGCGUUCCCGGAAAAUUUUAGUUAAGACUUCCAGGUUAAUUCCCGGGGAGUGAGAGGUCAAUGUAUUCUUUAUCGUGGUUUGAUCUAUUAUUUUAAAUUCUUUGUUUCUUUAAAGCUCCUGUCAAAGAUAUUUUAGCUAUGCGCGGCGAAGUUGCAUAGGAUCCGUUCAAAAAGAAGAAAUUUAUGAUUUUAAAUUGUACUUUACUGAGCCUUGACCAAGCGAAAGUAAACGGAGAAUUGUUCCUCACAAAAAGAGGGAGAGAAAACACGUCAUAAAAGAUGUUGAUAAACAAUAAGUUACCCAUGUUAUGGACAGUUUAUGUUUGUCACUUAAUAACAAUGAUAAUAUAAUGGAAAUAAAAUUUCUCAAACUACA